AUGGAUCAACAUGAAAUUAACAUCUUCUCGGCUUAUAUUGGACAACUUCUGAGUGUUAGCUGUUCAACUGUUUUCAAUAUGUUUAAUAUCCUUGGAUCGCAUAUUGAUGAUAUUUCAAAGCAGGAAAAUUAUGGGCCAUGUCAUGGGUUUUUGCAAAAAUUGUUCUCAUCUGACAGCUAUAAAAACAAUUGCCUUAUAUAUGAUCUGAUGGUAUCUGUUCUUGCACAAUGGACUGAAUUUGUUGUGGAUGGCAAUUUGAUCCACAACUCGUCAUGGUGCAAUAAUUUCAGAUACUUACAAACUGGCGAUCGACGUGGUUGGGGUGUAAAUUAUUCACGCGUUCCUUUCCCAGUCAGCCCUCUACCAUUUAUGAGCGUUACUACAUCGUUGCUUGAUGUCUGGGGAUUCGUUGGCAUGCGUCCCACUUUGAAUAUCGGUAGUAAAUUGUGCAUUUCAAAUUGUGGGACCUAUGAUGGUCUAUACCCAGACAUUGGUGACCGUACAAUUUCUGAGAUGAAUUGCAGCAAUGAUCGCGCAAAGUAUAUGCCACAACCUUUGAUUUGGCUGAACGCAGCAUUCCAAUUGAUGACAGUUCGUGACAUGAAUAAUUUGAUGUUCGCGACAUAUGAAACCAGUGGCAAUUAUCCAAUUCGCAAGUCCUCACAACCUGAUCCGUAUCCACAACAUGAAUAUGUGACUGACGCUGAUUUAUUUGUCCUUAAUCCACCAGGUCAAGUACCUACAUAUCAUUGGGACCAAAAACAAAAUACAAUUGCUUGCAUUAUUUAUGAGAAAGAAUUUGAAAGCGAACGAUUGGCAAAUUUUAUGCAGUUAUGCUUAUGA